CCAAAUCGGUAGUCAAGUUCUUCUCCAAGGCUCAGACCAACCCGCCAUUCUCGGCCGUCUUUCUUCCACUCCAACGGUUACAGAUCUCCCCUCGCCGGCAAGCCAACAACCAACUACGACAAUCUGAGGACUCAGAGCCCAAAUCGGAGGAGCAGAGGGGCGAUCCUUCGCUGGGCAACCUCAAAGCUGCAAGGCGCCCAUCUGGCCACUCUUUUCCGGCGAAAUUAUGGUUUUCAGCCUUCAGGGUUCCUGAAAAUGUUGUCAAGCGCUAGAUAAACAUAGUAUGAUCAUGCCAGACUGCAUCACAUGCUUUUGAGUUGAUGAUGAAGCGCUAUGUAUAUAUCAAUGAUGAUGAGCUAUCAGAAGAUCUGUACUGUGUCAACCGUAUAUCAAACAGAAAAUAUACUGUACUGAACUUCCUUCCAAAGAACUUAUGGGAGCAGUUCAGUCGGUUUAUGAAUCAGUACUUCUUGUUGAUUGCUUGUCUUCAACUAUGGCCACUAAUUACUCCAGUAAACCCUGCUAGCACUUGGGGUCCUCUCAUUUUAAUAUUUGCAGUAUCGGCUACUAAAGAAGCAUGGGAUGACUAUAAUAGAUAUCUAUCAGACAAGAAAGCAAAUGAAAAAGAAGUAUGGGUGGUCAAGCAGGGCAUCAAGAAACAUAUUCAAGCUCAAGAUAUACGUGUAGGCGAUAUUUUAUGGCUUCGCAAGAAUGAUGAAGUGCCAUGUGAUCUUGUUCUUAUUGGUACCUCUGACGUGCAAGGUCUUUGCUAUGUUGAGACAUCUGCCUUGGAUGGUGAAACUGACCUUAAGACAAGGGUGAUACCCUCUGCUUGCAUGGGAAUUGAUUCUGAGCUAUUGCACAAAAUCAAGGGCGUGAUUGAGUGUCCUAAUCCAGACAAGGAUAUUAGAAGAUUUGAUGCAAAUUUGCGGUUGUUUCCUCCUUUCAUUGAUAAUGACCUAUGCCCUCUAACCAUAAAAAACACACUUCUUCAAUCUUGCUACUUGAGGAAUACUGAAUGGGCUUGUGGAGUUGCUGUAUACACAGGGAAUGAAACUAAGCUGGGUAUGAGCAGGGGUAUACCUGAAACGAAGCUUACAGCUAUGGAUGCAAUGAUCGACAAACUAACAGGAGCGAUAUUUAUAUUCCAGUUAGUGGUUGUUAUUGUUCUAGGACUAGCUGGAAAUGUUUGGAAGGAUACAGAAGCAAGAAAGCAAUGGUAUGUUCAGUAUCCAAAUGAAGGUCCAUGGUACGAAUUCUUGAUCAUCCCUCUGAGGUUUGAGCUUCUUUGUUCCAUCAUGAUACCCAUUUCUAUAAAGGUGUCUCUAGAUUUUGUGAAGAGCUUGUAUGCAAAGUUUAUUGAUUGGGACAAUGAGAUGGUUGACGUAGAAACUGGAACUCCAGCCCAUGCAGCAAACACAGCAAUUAGUGAGGACUUGGGGCAAGUUGAGUAUAUAUUGACAGAUAAAACAGGAACACUUACUGAGAAUAGAAUGAUUUUUAAGAGAUGCUGUGUCAGUGGCGUUUUCUACGGGAAUGAGAAUGGGGAUGCUCUAAAAGAUGUGGAGUUACUGAGUGCUGUUGCAAGUGGCUCUCCUGAUGUUAUUCGAUUCCUCAAGAUUAUGGCAAUAUGUAAUACAGUGAUACCUAUACAAAGCAAAAGUGGAUCUAUUUCAUACAAGGCACAGUCUCAGGAUGAGGAAGCUCUUGUUCGUGCUGCUGCACACUUGCAUAUGGUUUUGGUCAAUAACAAUGUUAAUAUUCUCGAAAUCAAUUUUAAUGGGGCAAUAGAACAUCAUGAGAUCCUGGACAUUCUGGAAUUCACAUCUGAUAGGAAAAGGAUGUCAGUAGUGGUGAAAGAUCGUGGGAGCGGAAGAAUUUUCCUCCUAUCUAAGGGGGCAGAUGAAGCAAUCCUUCCUCAUGCUCGUGCCGGGCAACAAACAAGGAGUUUUGCUGAAGCUGUAGAACAAUAUGCUCAGUUAGGUCUGCGAACAUUAUGCUUUGCUUGGCGUGGAAUAGAGGAAGAGGAAUAUCAAGAAUGGUCUUUGAUUUUUAAGGAGGCUAAUAGCACUUUGGUGGAUAGGGAGUGGAGAGUAGCUGAAGCGUGCCAAAGAUUAGAGCAUGACUUUGAAAUCCUUGGGGUUGCUGCCAUAGAGGACCGUUUACAGGAUGGUGUACCAGAAACAAUUGAGACACUUAGAAAAGCUGGAAUAAACUUUUGGAUGCUGACGGGAGACAAGCAGAAUACUGCUGUACAAAUUGCUCUUUCAUGCAAUUUUGUAUCACCAGAACCGAAAGGCCAGCUACUGCUAAUAAAUGGAAAAACUGAAGAUGAAGUUUGUAGAAGUUUAGAGAGAGUUUUGCUUACAAUGAGAAUAACAGAGUCAGAACCUAAGGAUGUUGCUUUUGUCAUUGAUGGUUGGGCUCUUGAAAUUGCACUCAAACAUUACAGGAAAGCAUUCACAGAGUUAGCAAUCUUGUCAAGGACAGCUAUAUGUUGCCGAGUUACACCAUCCCAAAAGGCACAGCUUGUGGAGCUCUUAAAAUCAUGUGAGUAUAGAACAUUGGCCAUUGGGGAUGGUGGGAAUGAUGUGAGGAUGAUACAACAAGCUGAUAUUGGCGUUGGCAUUAGUGGGAGAGAAGGAUUACAAGCAGCAAGGGCAGCUGAUUAUAGUAUUGGGAAGUUUAGGUUUCUGAAAAGAUUGAUACUUGUUCAUGGGCGGUAUUCAUACAAUCGUACAGCAUUUCUAUCCCAAUAUUCAUUUUAUAAAUCUCUAUUGAUAUGUUUCAUCCAAAUCUUUUUUUCUUUUAUUUCAGGGGUCUCUGGUACUAGUCUCUUCAAUUCUGUUAGUUUGAUGGCUUACAAUGUUGUCUACACCAGUAUCCCUGUUUUAGUCAGUGUCCUUGACAAAGAUCUUAGUGAAAGAACUGUAAUGCAGCAUCCACAAAUUUUGUUUUACUGCCAAGCAGGAAGACUUCUUAAUCCUAGCACAUUUGCUGGAUGGUUUGGGCGGUCUCUGUUCCAUGCAAUUGUGGUAUUUGUAAUUACAAUACAUGCUUAUGCUUUUGAAAGAAGUGAAAUGGAGGAAAUGUCGAUGGUGGCACUUUCUGGAUGUAUUUGGUUGCAGGCUUUUGUUGUUACAUUGGAGACAAAUUCCUUCACAAUUUUGCAACUUCUGGCCAUAUGGGGCAAUCUUGGUGGUUUCUAUAUCAUCAACUGGAUUGUUAGUACUCUGCCGGCAUCAGGGAUGUACACAAUCAUGUUUCGCCUCUGUAGACAGCCAUCUUAUUGGACGACUAUGUUUCUGAUCAUUGCAGCGGGGAUGGGUCCGGUGUUUGCACUGAAGUACUUCAGAUAUACCUACAGAUCAAGCAAAAUCAACAUACUUCAGCAGGCUGAACGUGUGGGAGGGCCCAUAUUGUCGUUAGGAAAUAUAGAGCCGCAGCCAAGAUCACUUGAGAAAGACGUUGCUCCAUUAUCCAUAACUCAGCCCAAAAACAGAAACCCCGUGUACGAGCCUCUACUAUCAGAUUCCCCUAAUGCCAUGAGAAGAUCUUUUGGGUCGGGAACACCAUUUGAUUUCUUUCAAUCACAGUCCAGAUUAUCGGCAAAUUAUUCAAGAAAUUGCAAAGAUAACUGAAGUUCCAAUAUUGAUUUGGCGAAAAGCGGAUUGAUUCAAGUGAUCCAGGCUGCAUAACUGAGCCAGACUAAUUCUUUUUUUAAUCAUCAUAUACUGCGUACAGUAUUGCAUUCUUAGACUCUCAGGAGCUGUAUUCAAUGCUCAGAGUGAUUCAAAGAUUUAAGCAAUCUUUUCUGGGUCCAAUACACAACCAAGAACCUUGUAAAACCUUAGUAUAAUUUUGUUGAAUUAUAGUUGGAAGGACAAUCCUUGGUAGCAUGCCUGUUUUUGAUUCCAAGGUUGCUCUUGAAAGCAAGGGCAAGGCUAUGCAUAAAAUGAGCAAAUUUCAUUUGCUGACCCUCACAAUGCGGGUCAUGUGCAUCGGGAUGUCUUUUUUUUUUUGUCCUGAUAGUUUAGAGGAUGCAUGGAAAGGCAUUCUAGGACUCUGAAAUUUAUACAUAGCCUUGCCCUUGCUUAGAGAAGAUGAAAUUGCAAAUAAGAGUAAAUGGCUCAUUUCAGUGGCCUGAAAGUGGGUUACUUGUUAGUAGAUGCACUGUGGGAUCAAAAAAUGUAGGUCAUUGGAGGAAUAUGUACAUUUAUCUGCUUCUGGAUUUGUCUUUAUUAUAAGUUCAUAUUUUCUUGUA